AUGAAGUUAGUGAUCACUACGGGGACAUUUGGAUUUAAUGCACUGAUUGAUGAGAUUGUAUAUUCACUUGAUAUAAUUAGUAAGAAGUAUAAUGAAAUAGUGAUUCAAUAUGGAAAGAGUGAACCAGACUCAUUGAAAUCACUGGAUAUUCAUAACAAAACAUCAAUACAUCUCACAAAGACAGCAUAUUAUACAUCAUUUACUGAAUUUAUACGGGGUGCAGAUCUUGUAAUUACGCACGCAGGUACUGGCACGAUUCUUUCUCUGCUUACACAUUCCGUUCCAUUUAUAGUUGUUCCAAAUGAGUCAUUAUCAAAUAAUCACCAGAAAGAGUAUACAGAUGCACUUGCAAGUGCUGUGAUUGUAUCAGACAUUAAAAGAAUUACAGAAAAUAUUCUAAAAGAGAACAGGCAAAGUCAUACACUCAAUGUAUCUUCAUCUCUCUGGGCAAACCAUUUUAUACCGCUGUUAUGAUAUGUAUUACUACAAUAUAUGUAUACAGAAUAAAUAUACAAUAGUAUCGCACA